AUGCUUCCCCUCAAGAACUGCUACAUCGUCUGUACUGGCCCCAAUGGCGUCAAGGAGACGGAGUCCAACGGAGACACUGCUGCUGGUGAACGAACCUAUGCUAGCUCCGACUACAACCACGGCUACUACAACCACUCCCAUUGGCAGUAUGGUAGCCCCUAUCAUAAACAAAACAAGUGGCGUUCGUGGAGGAACUGGUACCCAAGGAGAAGUCCCACGACUACUAUGGAUGGACUAACUCUCAAAAAAAAUGGAAUGGUGGUACAACGACUACAACAACG